UCCAAUUGCCCAUAUCUGACCUGUAUCAUAUCAGAAACUUUGAAAAUAGAUAUCAGUGUUGUUCUGUGGGAUGAGUAUGAUGGAUCUUCAACUGGGACUGGCUCUUCCUAGAACUGGGUUUGAGCUUAAUUGCUGGGAAGUUAAUGAAGCCAACAAGAAUUGUGGUCAAAAAAUGAAGAAGCGCAGAAGAUUUGACGAAGCCUCUGAGUCUAAGGAGGAGUCUGGGGCAGAGAAUGAUGUUGAAGUGAUUCCAACUUUGCCUUUGCUUGUUUGGGACAAGAAUCCUCAUCACACGAAUAAUGAGGAUAGAAACUCUACCAAUACUAACAGUAGAGAAGAUGGGGAUGAAGAAGGUGUGGUGGGUUGGCCUCCCAUCAACUCAGUAAGAAGGAAGCUCUACCACCAGCAGCGCCACCGCUGCUGCGAGGUGAAUGUGGAGAAUGGCGGCGGCGGCGGCCACCGGAGAAGAUUAAACAACUCGGUGUUUGUGAAGGUGAAGAUGGAGGGUGUAGGAAUAGCAAGAAAGAUUGACCUAACUGCUCAUCACUCUUACCAAACACUCACUAACACCUUAAUUGCCAUGUUUGGAAGAAGUGAGGAAGAAGUGGAGGCAUAUAAGCUGACUUAUGAAGACAAGGAAGGUGUGUGGGUGGUUGCAGGGGAUGUAGCAUGGAGAACAUUCAUCCAGUCAGUGCAUAGACUAAAAGUGGUUAAGAAAAGGGAAUGAGCAGAUCAGAUUGUCUCAAGUGUCUGGAUUAUAUUAUGGAUAUAUGUUUCUCCCUUUUGUUCUUAAUGUUUUCUAUUUUCCUUAUUAUUAUUAUACAAUCUCUAUUUGAGCUUUUAAUAGCUAUUUUGGGUAGAAUAUGAAUGUUUUGGCAUUUUAAUCU